AUGACUUGCGCAGUGGAUGCACAGGAGGAAGCAAAUGAAUAACGACGAGGUGUAAUAAUAAAAUACUCUCAUUUAAAAAUAUUACUCGGUCUGAACUGUGCGGGAUAUUUGGAAACCAAUUGCACUCGUAAUGAGAGAAUACACAUCUUUUCUUCUUCUUCUAACUGUUGCUGUGGCCUGUGGUCUCAAUCUCAAAAGAGAUGCUGGUAAUGAGCAAACAUUGGCUCGUUCAUCAACUUUGAAAAGAGUAGUGAGGAAACUGUCGGUUGAUCCAGACAGCUUACGCCCGCUACGACGCACCAAGAGGCGAUGGGCCCUGAAUACUGUUGAGGUUGAAGAAGGAGAUCCUGGUCCUUUUCCCAAGUUUGCUGUAAAUCUUUCCAAUGACAGGGAAAUGAACUUUACCAUUAAAUACCUAAUCAGUGGUCCAGGAGUUGAUGAGAAUCCACGUGGGUAUUUUUCCGUGGAUGACAAAACCGGCGAGGUGUACAUGCUUAAGACCAUAAAUCGAGAAGCAACGCCCACCUUUGUAAUCAGGUUUGAUGUUGCUGACCGGAGAACAGGAAAAAUAGUUGACCAGUCCUUGGUGUUUAAUAUUGAUGUAAAAGAUAAAAAUGACAAUGCACCAAAGUUCAAAAACCCAGUAGUAGAUGUCCUUUUGAAAGAGAACAGUCCUGCAGGGAGUGAUGUCUUUCUACUGCAAGCUGAAGACAUUGACCAACGUGGCACCCCCAACUCAGAAUUCUCCUAUUCUGUCGUUUCUCAGGAACCUCCCUCAACAAAAUCUCAAUUUAGCAUUAAUCCAAACAAUGGCAUUGUGUCUUUUGAAGGUUGUCUGGAUUAUCAGUCUACCAAGUCCUACAAGAUACUUGUUGAAGCAAAAGACCACGGAGAACCACAACUUUCAUCCACGGCAACGAUGAACAUCAAAAUUGAAGAUGCUAACAAUAACCCACCUGUAUUUGUUAAAAAAGAGUUCACAGGAAACGUGAAGGAACAGCAGGUAGGUGUGCCUGUAUUAAGGGUCAGUGUGGAAGACAAAGACACACCCAAUACACCAGCAUGGAGAGCCAAGUAUACUGUGACAAAAGGCAAUGAAGAUGGCAAUUACAAGAUAGAGACUGACCCACAAACAAACGACGGAAUCCUCACAGUAAUCAAGCCCUUGGACUACGAGAAGGGAUCCCGGAAUGACCUGGAGAUUUCAGUGGAGAACGAGGAGCCUCUCUACAUCUGCCCUGGAGCGGGAGGUAGUGCCCCUACAGCCGGAGGUAGUGUCCCUACAGCCGGGGGAUACCGUGUCCCUGUGGUCGUCAAUGUUGAAGACGUCAAUGACCCUCCCUCUUUUGAGCGUUCCAAGAUUACAGUCUACCAGACUGAGGGCACCAAAGUUCCAAUACAGCUUUGCAAGGUUCAUGCAGUAGACCCGGAAGCAGCGCACAGUACUCUAAGGUAUGAAAUACCUGCAGGCGGUGACCCAGCGAAAUGGUUAACAGUUGAUAAAAACACUGGCGAGGUCACAGCCAUUGCAGAAAUGGACAGAGAGUCUCCCUAUGUUAACAACAGCAUUUACUCUGUGAUUGUGCUUGCUGUCGAUGACGGAAAGCCCCCACAGACUGGUACAGCCACAGUGCUCAUCCAUUUGACGGAUGUCAAUGACAACAACCCCUUCCUUGACUCCAAAUAUGUGCACAUGUGCGACGACCCCAAAAACACCUCCAUCGUAGUAAAGGCUACAGACAAGGACAUUGAGCCGUACUCAGGACCCUUCAUCUUCCAGCUCCUGGACAAGGGGAAUGACGUGACGAACACAUGGAAACUGGAGCAACUACAGGGGGAGUCCAUCAAACUUUUAAGGCUGCGAGAACUGCCAACUGGCAACUAUACCGUGCCUUUGAAAAUCAUUGAUCAGCAGGGCUUAGCGACAGAGGAGGACCUCAUGUUAAGAAUCUGCGAGUGCUCUCAAGAGGGCGUCUGUAGACCUUUGGAAGCUCAGUCGACCAGUUUUGGAGGAGCUGCUAUUGGGGCCCUGAUAGGAGCUCUUCUGCUGAUGCUGUUACUCUUGCUCUGUUGUGUGCGCUGUGAAUGCAGUGGAAAGAAGAUCAGCGAGUUCCCUCCAGACACUGUUGAUGAAGGAAACCAGACCCUCAUCAAGUACAAUGAUGAAGGAGGUGGCUGCCGUUUUCAGGCUUCCCCACCAGUCAUUAUGCCUUUACCUACAGCUGACCACGGAACGACAAAGAACAGCAUGCAGAAUGUAUCUGAAUUGGACAGAACCAUCCAGACAUUACCUCGACGCAGCUCCUGGGGCUUGAGGGAGGACAGGAUGUAUGGGAUGCAUAUGGAGCCAGCCAUGUACUCCAGAAUAAUGAGCCUUAAAGAACAGAAUCUGGAAUCUGAAAGAAUGAAUCUGCAAGAGAAGAUCGCUACGAGGCUGUAUGUCCUUAAUGGUUUAGAUGCCAACUUUAAUAACAAUGAGCCACAUGUCUAUGCUGAGGAGGGCGAGCUACACAAAGUUCACUCCCUGGAUGACAUUAGCAUUGCCGACAACAGCCAAGGACUGGACUUCCUGCAAGACUUGGGGCCAAAGUUCAGAACGCUGGGAGAAGUCUGCCAAGAGGGCCUGGCGCAGAAAGGCUUUACAUUGAAGUCAGCAACAAAGGUUCCAGCAGAUAUGCUCAGGUUAAUGCGUUCCCCUGUAAAAUUGCUGGCUCAGGUUGAUUUCAUGAAACAGUGCCAACUUAAACCUUUUAGUCAUCUCACAAGGAGAUAUAAAGGUGACCUGGGGUUUGUAGGAUUAUUUGAAGGUCGAGUGGAUAAGUGGACUACUGAAAGCACUGAUCUGCAUUUAGAAAAUGAAGACUGUUUGGGGGAUUUUUAUACUAGCAGCAUUUGUGUACCACCCAUGACUGGAACAGCGACUUUAGUCAUCUAUAUCACUGAUGUCAAUGACAACACCCCCCAUUUGCUCACCACCGACAUUGACAUGUGUGUAGGCGAGACUGCCUCAGUGGCAGACUUGACCGCCGAGGACAAGGAUGAAGAGCCCUACUCAGGACCCUUCUUCUUCCAGCUGCUGGAAAAGGAAAGCCUGAAAGGGAAGUGGAGACUGGAGUCCACCCUGGGUUAUACGGUCAGACUCAUCAAAGAGAAAGACGUUUACAGUGGAGUUUACGUCUUGCAUUUUAAAAUUCAGGACACACAAGGUGAAUCAUCUGAGCAGAACCUGACAGUGACUGUGUGUGAAUGCACUGCAAUGCACAAAUGCAACCCACUGAGACUGACUAGUCACAGCAUGGGCGCGGGAGCCAUUGGAGUCGGGCUGGCAACUCUGUUUCUAAUAUUGGGUAUUUUGCUGUUAGCACUAGUUUGCACAUCUGCUCGGGACAAACUAGUUUUCACCCAAAUUGAUCACUGCGAUUCCUCCUUGUUGAACUCCAAUACAGAGCACAUAGGCUCGGAUUGCCAGCCUGUCAUUAAUGGAUCCCCAAAAAAAACCCACAACGCAGGGCAAAGUCAUCUGGUGAGAAAUGGCAAAGAGGUCUAUUGGAAUGAAUCUACUAUAGACCAAACGUGUUUAUUAACAAACAGCCAAUAUGACUGUAUGAGAGUUGAUUCAUUACACUCUGGUCGAGGUGACCUCCUCGAGUAUAAUCCUCACCCGUAUGCUGAUGAAGGUGAAGAACCUGAAAUGCUGCCUCUUGAUGCCAUUUCCAUUCCUGACAGCGAGUUCACCCCUGAUCAGCUGCUAGACCUGGGGCCCAGGUUUAAAACCCUGGCAAGCAUUUGUAAGCCUCAAGCUAAGUACCAAGUACAGUUAUAAUUAAACAAUAUUUCAGUGACUAACAAAUAGGUACUUGCUAAAGAAAAAACAUUAGACUGCAGUGUCUGAUCGUUGCUGUACAGAAGCCAAGUCUGAAAGAACUGUGAGUAUAAAAAUAACUAGUGAAGAAUGAACAGAGGGUUAUUAAAGGAAUGGAUUUGGGGGAAAGAGAAUCUAAAUGUUUUUUAGUUAUGAUGAAUUAAAAGGGCUGGAUUCA